CGAGCUAAUCGGUGUGGCAAAUAAAUUGGCCUACCUGGGCUGCCCUACUCGCUCCGGUGGACUGGUUGAAGAGGAGGUAAUUCCUCAACUCGGAGAAGCUGAUAUCACCAACCGCCUACACCUGUGGCGCCGAUGUCACGUCAGUUUGCCUGUCAAGUACAGUUUACACUGCCGUGAUUCUAUUGAUGAUUGCUUUAUGGAAUCCGGACGUGGCCUUUAUGCGCAGGGGUCACAUAGAAGGUGUCUGUGUUUUAAAUUCAGUUUCUCCAGGGAAUUUGUCAGGUCUAGUUUGAACAUCGGAUUAGCAAUGCCGGAUGGUUACGCCUGUUAUGGUAUUUACUCCACAUACCAGAAGAUCGUCUGCCUGAUAGAGCUAUUCUUGCUCAGCCCUGUGCUGAGUAGAGGCGGCCGAGAGGUGAAAAGUAUAAGAUCUGGCGACGAAGUACUAAAGCAGUACUCGAAAGACUCCGUCGGGUGGGCAAAUGCCACCUUCCUGGAUGGGGACUCGGGGCUCAACUCAUCAAUAAUUAGUGUCAUUGGCAAAAGUGGCCUAAUCGCGCCCAUGCUUCAUGGCUACCGUCUUCAGGUUCGGCCGCAAAGUGCGAGGGAAAAGCUAGAAAUGAGUCAGAUAUGCACUUCCGUGCUACCAAACGCCCCGCAGAUCGUUCUUGGGAAGGACUCAUCCUUCACAUUUGAUUACGUUUUCAACAUUAAUUCCGCACAAGACACGAUUUUCAAUACGUUGGCAAGGCCACUGAUAGAUGGAUGUCUUAAUGGAUACAAUGCAACUAUUCUUGCUUAUGGACAAACUGGUUCCGGAAAGACGUAUACCAUGGGCACUGGCUUUGAUCUCACAGCCAGUAACCAAGAUGCUGGCAUCAUCCCAAGAGCAGUUCAGUAUCUCUUCGCGCGUAUUUCACAGUGUCGAGCUGAAGCAGCAGAUAAACACCAGCCUGUUCCGGAAUUCAAAGUCGUUGCGCAAUUUCUAGAGCUGUAUAACGAAGAAUUGGUCGACCUCCUUGAUGCAGACCGCUCCCGCAAACCGCAUCUGCGACUGCAUGAAAACGCCCAGGGCGAUAUCUACCUGACUGGCGUAUCCACGCGCCUCGUAUCAAGUUUGAAUGAUACUCUGAAGUGUUUACGUGAUGGUUCGCUAGUGCGUAGUACGGCUAGCACAAACAUGAAUGCGCAGUCCUCACGUUCGCAUGCCAUAUUCACGCUCCAUGUUCGUCAGCAACGUCUUGUCAAGUACGAUGAGGACUCAAAUGGUCCCAGGCAGACCGAAACACAAGACUCGGAACACGAUCCAGACUCGACUGUCGUGGACCCUAUUCCGGAAUACGAGACACUGACAGCAAAAUUUCAUUUUGUAGACCUUGCUGGCAGUGAGCGGCUGAAGCGUACCGGUGCCACUGGAGAUCGGGCUAAGGAAGGUAUCUCAAUUAACCGUGGAUUGCUGGCCCUUGGUAAUGUGAUCUCAGCCCUUGGGGACAAGGCCAAGCGUGGCUGCCACGUACCGUAUCGUGAUUCAAAACUGACUAGACUUCUACAAGAUUCACUUGGCGGAAAUUCUCGGACAAUCAUGAUAGCCUGCAUCAGCCCCUCUGAUUGUGAUUUUCUCGAAACGUUGAAUACGUUAAAGUACGCCAAUCGAGCUCGUAACAUUCGGAAUCGCAUAGUGAUGAACCAGGACAAGACAAGUAAACAGCUGUCAGCGUUGCGUGCCCAACUUGCUGCCUUGCAAGAGGAACUGGACGGUUACCGACAGGGCAAACUCGUAGCGAACUCUACCGGUGGUGAUGGUGCCAGUGAUGUUUCCAAAGAGCUCGAAUUUUGGCGACGAGAGAACGAAAAGCUCCGCCUGCGAGUGAAGGCUUUGACGGUCACGGUCAGCACAUUGAAGGUUCGAAAUGCACAGCUGCUUGCAGACCUGGAAGCUAGCUCCUGGGCCUCUUCGAAAGAAAAGCUUCUGCGUGCAGCUCAAGGAGAUUCUGCAGAACGAACAUGGAANUACGAUGGCGUCUCACGUUUCACCCCCUUUAAGGUUCGAAAUGCACAGCUGCUUGCAGACCUGGAAGCUAGCUCCUGGGCCUCUUCGAAAGAAAAGCUUCUGCGUGCAGCUCAAGGAGAUUCUGCAGAACAGAACAUGGAAAGUGGGGAACUCUCUUCCCUAAAUUUGAUAGUGGGUGAAAUGGAUAGUGUUCGAGAACUGGUGGAGAAGUAUACUGUUGAAAACGAAGAACUAAGGACCAAGUUAGCGGAAGCCGAAGCGCUUGCUGAAUUCAGUCAAAGACCGCUUACGUACACUUCACCCUGUCAGCCUGGGCGCCUGGGCUUUUCGAGCGCCAACAACUUUGGUCCAUUGAACCGCGUAGCUCUGAGUAACAGCGAAUUCCCCGAUUUAGACACCAGCACAGUUGCGGCCGCGGAAGCCGGACUGUCGGCUGCCAAUACUUACCUGGAUGAUGACAUUGGAUUGGAGUCAACGAUGAUAGUAGCAUCGUCUGUUCCAGAGUCCGGCCGACACAAAUCGCAUCGUCGUCGACAUAGGCGCAAUAAGUCAAAAAGCAAAAAGACCCAACAGCAGCAACAAGAGGGUCCAGUGAUUGAUGCUCGAAAACCACUCAAUGAUUUAACACCAAAUGGUGAACCCCAUCCACCCUCUGAUUCAGCCGCAAUCAAAACUCACGAAACCGGUGCUGUAAAGGAGGAUGACAAACUUCGCGAAAAUUCCGAAGAUCUAACCAUGAAUGGAGAAUGCUAUACCGAUCUCGAAGAGGAUGAACUCACUGAACGCUACGGUGCCGGGGACGAAACAGCAAUCAACUUAUGCGAUCAUCUUGCUAUGGAGAACGAAGACCCAGACGCACUAGAGGCAACGCUUCUAGGGGAGCAAGUUGAUGAAGACGGGUUGACUCACAGUAUUAAAGCAACCGAAAAAUACGCGGAUGGUACAUUGUCGGAUGCCUCAGAUGUACAAUCUUCAUCUGAUUCUUCCGGUUCUGAUGACAGUGACGAUGAUAGCGAUGAUUCCAGCCACCAGGCUGACCCCACCGAGAAUGAAGCACAAUUACACCAGAGUAUUGCGCGGGUUUCCUCACAAAUCGAUUCAAAACAACGUCUACUGGCGGAAUUACAGGCGAAGGCAGCGCAACUCGAUCAUCUAAGACAGCACUAUGAAAGAAAAUUGAAUGAUUUGGAAACGCGCAUUCGAGAAACCGAAAAAGAACGGGACAGGGUUUUGGCCAAUUUGGAACACAUCGGGGAGGAGCGGUUACGUCGAACUCAGGAGGAAUUCCAGAAGAAACUGAGUUCGCUUCAGGAUUCGUUAAAACAGCUGCAGCAGGCAAAAAGCGACCAUACACGUCUGGAGCGGGAACAAGCAAAGAAGAACGAUGAACUUCGUCAGCUUCGUAAAGAACUAGAAGAACUAAGGCGGUACAAAGUCGACCUAGCGAAACGUUUGCAAGAAGAGACCAGGCGAACGCGCCAGCUGGAGGUCACUUCGGCUCGGCAAGUGAUGGAGCUGAAACGAGCCAAAACACAAGCAGACCACCAGAUCCGCAGUCUCGAAGCCGCUCAUAGUGCAAAGGAACGUGCCUUGCAGCAAAAGCAGGCUGAGUUGGAAGCAUUGAAGCGAAAAACGCUAGCGCAACAGCGUCAGCUGUCUUCAAUGGCCUCUAGUCGCAUGACCCGAAGCUACAUCGGAGGAACUAGUUCUCCUCGGAACACAGCAAGCAUGCGUCGUCAGGCAGCAGGUAACCUCAUGUCUACGAGUAUGCAUGCUGACGACCAGAUGCCUGCCCAAGGUCGAAUUAAUGUACGCCUUCAGCCUUCCACCUCAGUUAAAGCAAAGUGGACUCACAUUGUGAAACAAUUGGAGCUAGAAGUGCAGCGACGCCAGACCUCAUCUCGACUUGAACAUGAUCUUCAGACUUGGAUCCGUGAACGUGAGCACUUAAGUCGUCGCUUACAGCGAUUACAACGCCGUCGGGCUAGGGUUGAGGAAGCAUUACCAGAUGAACCGGAACAGGAGGACAUUACCCGUAUAACCGCCUUUGAUGAGCAGAUCCGUAACGUAACUGCCCAGUUGGAUUCGGUUCAGGAGGCCAUCCGAGAGUGCCAGACGAGCAUAAUUGAACUGGACAAAUUUGGUCCCAAAAUUGCUAAUGCUGCUCCAGCUUCGCGUGCGAAGUUCGUCUCUGCGCGUUCAGCAGUGGUCCACACAUUGUUUGCCAACUGUACACUGUCCGAAUCACGAUUUCUUCUCGGUCAGCUUUAUGAGGAUACAAUUACCCGCGCAUUACAAGUAAAUCGUCUACGGCUCAGCGAAGCCCAGCUACGAGCCACUCUUUCAGUGUGGGAACAAGAGCGUCAACAGGAACUGGAGGUGCUCCGAUUAGCAAUGCAACAUGCUGGACUACCCUUGGACACUGUGGACAAUGUCAUCUCAGUAGCCGGUUCUUCAGAGUCGAAUAAGAACGUGAACAUCUGUCCGCAUCAUGGUCCAAUGACCGGAAACACUUGCGAUUGCUGCUCGGUUACUGGUGUUACGUCGUCCGCCCCAAUCUCUUCCGAUGACUCGUCUGACGAAGAACAGAGAAAUGAAAAUCACUGGUCAUCUGCAUCGAAUCGUGCGAACGACCUAAUGUCUCAAUCUAUGUACGCAACGAUGGAACCUUCAGGCUUUUCUCGGUCAUCUAGGCGGCAUUUCUCGGAAACAGAAGAGCCUGGAUCAGACAGACCAGACACUGCUGAUGCGUCAGGUCGUCCAAUAAAGGCUCGACUCAGAGUGCUGCUUCCACAAGAUAUGCUUGGACUGUCGUCAACACAAGGUCCUCCAGGUCCUGAUUCUUCAGCUCCCGAUAUAAUGCCUCCACCGUCGAGUAGCGUUUUUCUCCGCCGAGCACGCACAGCCCUUCCACCAUUUGUCACCACCGGUGCCCAAUUGAUGUACACCCCUAGCGUUGAUUCCACGUCAGUACUCAGGAGCCAGACUGUUCCUCUCAGUGCCGGUCCAUCUCCAGCUGUUCGUCGUCGUGUCCCAACGCAAUGUGUUCAGCCCGCGAGCUCGAUGCGCCAAAACCUUCCAAUAGUUCACAGUGUACCGAGUUCCAUGUCAGCUUCCUUUACAUUGGGUUCGCAAACUACGUCGACAAAUGAGGUCCCCGAUACUAACGCUAAGCAUGAGGUGAAGUCUGGCCCAGCCGUACAAGGCAAUACAGACAUUGAUGUUUUCAACCGGCUGACUAGUGGCAUGUCCAGCUCACCACAUCCGAGUCGUGGUUCCAUACAACCAUUGCAAAGGAGUGUUCCUGCUCCUCCCAGUCCUACCUCCGGCAUUUCAGCGAACAUUGUCAGUGUCUCUCAUAGCCCACCAGCAUCCUACCGGCUAGCUGAACCCGCCACCACAAGUCCGGCUGCAUCAGUGACUGUAUCCGCGAACGGUGUACCGUCGUCCACGUCCAACCAGCCGCUGGCUGCUUUCUUCGCCAACUUGUCUGUGCAACAACCACCCAGCACAGCAGCACUUACUACGUGCAGUACUUCGACGACAUCCUUCGGUGGGAACCUACCGGGGCAAUCACUCCAAACUUCCGCUAGUUUCCGUGUCCCGAUGGAGUGCACACAUAUUGCUCGUGGACACUCGAGCGCUAUACUAGAUGUCGAGAUCGCUGGAAACUUGAUGGUAACCGGUAGCAAAGAUCGGACUGCAAAAAUCUGGGAUCUGGAGACAAUGGAGGAGGUAGAAACCCUGCGUGACCAUCCUAAUAAUGUCUGUAAAGUCCGUGUAUGUCCAGUUACCGGCCUAGUGUUUACUGUGUGCUCAUACUUUAUCAAAGUGUGGGAUAGACGGGACGCGAGGAAAUGCGUACGAACCCUGCUGUCUUCUGGUCUCAGUCAAGAUGGUGAACUGGAAAUGAAAGUGACUCGACGACAAAAUAUUUGUCCUCCCGGUGAAACGAACAUAAUGGAUGUGGCGCUUGGUGGUUCUCAUCCUGCGUUGUCACACUACAUGUUUCUGGCGACUGCAAACUCGGUGAAAUUAUGGGAUCUCAGGCGUUAUUUUGCUGUGGGAAAAUUGCAUGGGUUUCAUCAAGCUCCUGUCAUGGUCCUCGCUGCUGGUCAAACACCCGCACUGUCGUCUGCGGAUGAGCCACAACUAACUGUGGUAACAGGAUCUAAGGACCAUUACAUCAAGGUUUUCAGCGUGGGCCCAAAUGCGUCCGCCCUCUUGACACCUACUUUUGACUUAGAGCCCCCUCACUAUGACGGUAUUGAGUCUCUGGCCCUGGAUAAGAAUACUCUGUUCUCCGGAUCACGCGACGGCGUCAUUAAGAAAUGGAAUCUUGGUCGCUCUGGACGUCAAGAAGUCAUGUUGGCGCAAGCACACAAAGACUGGAUUGAGGGCUUGGCCAUAACAACUGAUGGGAUGAACUUGGUGAGUGGCUGUCGUGCUGGGACGCUGAAGUUGUGGAAUGUUGAAGACUGCACUUGCUUAGGUGAAGUACCCAACGCUCAUGAUGGAGCUAUCAAUGCAAUCCGGACCCAUGGUGAUCGUAUAUUCACUGCUGGAAGCGAAAAGCGAUGUCAGCUGCGUAUCUGGCGCAUUAAUGAUCCUUGGCUUCAUUGA